AUGAGUGCCGUACAACAACAUCAAUCGUCGAUUGUUAGUCCUGAAGAAGUAGCAUCGGCAAUGAAUGCUGCAUUUGCUGAAUUGCUUGCUGUCGAACCAGCUGCUGCAGCCGCUGCUCUUCUUAUACAUCAUCAACAAAAUGUUAAUCCUACAACAUUAAAUGAUUUUCUUACUAAUGGAACUACGCAUAAUAAUAAUGAUUUACCAAGAAAUGGUCGACCACCAACACCCUAUACUGUUACUACGCACACAUACAGUGAUUCACCUUCUUCUUCAGCUUCAUCAUCAUCUACGGUAACAACAACAUUACCACGUUAUAAAACUCUUCUUGAUAAAUUUACACCAACUAUAUCUUCAUCUUUGCCUACAAAUGAACAACGAUCAACAACAAUUACAACUGCUGCUUCUAUAGUAUCAAAUAGCAAUACUCUUAUACGUAAUUACUAUGAAAAUUUCUGUAAUAAUUCAUCAACAACAAAUUCAAUAUCAUCAUCAACAUCUACAAAUAAUCGAAAAAAACGUUCUAUAUCAAGUGAAUAUGAUUUUUCAUCAGCUAAUUCAACAAUUAAUGAUAAUCGUAAUUUACCAAAACGUUUUCGUCCAAUACCAUCUUCAACAGUCAAUAAUUUUAAAGUAUCUUCUCGUCAAUUGCAAGUUCAAGAAUGUUCAUCUGAUGAUGAUGAUAAUGAUACAUUUCAUAAUUCUGCUCAACGAAUAUUUUCAUCAGCAGCAGCAACAGCAAAUAAUUUAACAUCGUCACAUACAACAGCUGCAGCAUGUAUUGCUGCUGCUGUUACAGCUUCUCUUUAUGACGAAACAAAUGGAAUAGAUCUACAACGACGACCAACAACAACAACGACAGUAACAUCCAGUGUAGAAACUAGUGAUGAUAGUGAUGAUGAUGAUGAAGAUGAUGAUGAUGAUGAUGACGAUGACGACGAUGAUGAUGAUGAUAAUAAUAAUAAUAAUAAUAAUAAUACAUCAAAUAAUUUAUUUAGUCGACCAACUUCAUCAUCAUUAUUAUCUAAUACGAAUAAUAUUAUUACAGAUCAAUUUAAACAAGAUUCAUUAUUACCAUUAAAUAUAACAACUAAUAUCAAUGAUUUUCGAUCUAUUCAACAACAACAGCAACAACAAUCAAGACCAUUAUCAUAUUAUCCAACACAUUAUUCUAAUCAACAACAAUAUCAUCAACAACAAACAAUAACAACACCAACAGUACCUCCAACAUAUCCUCGACAACUUUUAUCAUCUCGUAGAUAUCCAUUACCAACACCAAUUCCAACAAAUUCAUCAUGUUCAUGUUCUCAUCGAACACCAAAUACAUCAACAGUAAUAACACCAUCAAAUGGUUCUAAUCAAUCAUCAAAUACAUCCAUAUCUCCAUUUCUUGUCUAUCCUCCUAAUCAAACACCUAAUGCUAUACCAAAUUUAGCAGCAACAACUCAACAAACUGUUGCUCUAGCUGCUGCUGCUGCUAGUGCUGUUGCUCUUGCUUCUCUUCCUCAAGUCUCACCUGUACAACAUCUUCAUUUUCAUCAUCAUCAUCAUAAUCAUAAUCCAGCUCAUUUACGUCAUCAAUAUCGUCAACAACUUACAUCUGAAUUACGCCGUCAACGUUUAAGUUCAUUUCAACAUCAAUCAUCAUCAUCAUCAGUUUCAUCAUCAUCACCACCAACAACAGCAAUACUUACUGCUAAUCAACAAUUACAUGCUAUACUUACACAUCCAACAACAACAACAACAAAUAAUAAUAACAAUAUUCAUGCUCAUUUAACAAUACAACCAGCAACAUCAUCAACAAGUACAUAUAAUUUAACAUUGGGCACAAAUAAUCCAAGUAUGCAUGUUGCAAUAAACACAACAACACAAAAUAAUCAAUGGCCAUCAACACCAUUAUUAUUUCGUCCAUUUCGUAAUCCACUUCUUUUACGUAGUCAUCAUCAUCAUCAUCAUCACCAUCAUCAUCCAUUUUUAAAUGGUGAACGUGCUGAACAUGUUGUGGAAGAAUUAUUACGCAUGGAAGAACAAUUAAAUGGUUUAAAUAAUGGUGGUAAUAUAGGUGCAAAUCAAGAACAUAUUAAUGCUCGAACAUUAUCAUAUAAAUAUGAAAAACGAACGAUAUCUAUUGAUGAAAAAUGUACUAUAUGUUUAUGUGAAUUUGAUCAUAAUGAUGAUGUACGUCGUUUGCCAUGUAUGCAUCUAUUUCAUAUUGAAUGUGUCGAUAGAUGGUUAACACAAAGUAAACGAUGUCCAAUAUGUCGUAUUGAUAUUGAUUUUCGAGGAGAUUUUGGCGAUUAUAUGCUUGAUCGAAUUUGGACUUACAUUCUAUCAUUAUUCGAUUUUUUAUUAAUUGUCUUAAAAACUUUACCACGUGAUAUUCGUGGUUUAUAUAAACUUAUUAAACAUAGUUUAAUAAUUAAAUAUAAUACAUUUCGUAAACGAGAUUUUAUUUAUGUAUUUCGACAAAAUGUAAACCGUUAUCGAACAAAACCAUGUUUUAUUCUUGAAGAUAAAGCUCUUUCAUUCCAACAAGUUGAAGAUUUAACAAAUCAAUUGGCGAAUUUUUUUUCAGCUGAAGGUUUUUCACAUGGUGAUGUUAUUGCACUUGUACUUGAAAAUUCACUUGAAUAUCCAUGUGUAUGGGUUGGUUUAAGUAAAAUUGGUUGUAUAACUGCUUUAGUUAACACAAAUUUACGUGCUAAACCACUUUUACAUUCAAUUCAAACAGUUAAAGCUAAUUGUGUUAUUACAUCGACAGACAUUUUUUCAGAAAUUGAAUCUGAAUUAAAAGAAUUAAAUGUAAAAAAAGUUUAUUUAUUUGAUCCAAAACAAACAACAACAGAACAAAUUAAAUAUAGUUCUGAAUCAAUAUCAUCUUCUCUUGAAAUUGUUCAUUUAUAUGAACAAUUGGAAGUAUGCUCAACUGAACCACCUAAACCCAUUCCGUAUGAUUUAAAACAUCCAGUUUUCUAUAUUUUCACAUCGGGAACAACUGGAUUACCUAAAGCAGCUGUUAUUAAACAUUCAAGGUUUGUUGAAGAAAUAUUUCAAGGAGUUCAUAAGAACUCACUGGAGACUUUCUAA